ACAUUGUUUGUUUGUAAUGUUGACUUUUUGAUAAUAUUGCCGAUACCUUAUAAAAUUUUAUUCACUAUUUUCUCCUAUUAAUGUCGCGAUGCAUCUCUACGGUUUUACCUCAUAGUCAGCAAUAAAUCACUUAGCUUAAUUGUGUCAGCCCUAACUAACUCUAGUUUUUUGUGUGGUGUAAUUACUUUAGUUCCUUUUGUUGACGCCCUGUGCCUCUACAAAUGCCAAGUUCUCAUCAUGGAUAGGAAAACAAUGAGCAGCGAGUUACUAAAUUCUGACUCCUGUAAUCUUCACAAUGCCAGCUCAGACUCGCUUGGCUCCGACUCGAUGUCCAGCUCCUUGACGUCGAAGGUUGGAAACGAAAAUGUUGAACCUGCAGAUGCCGUUCCAACUGUUCGACCUGAUGACCCUCCACUUCUACCAGGUGAAAAAGUCCAAGGUGUUGCCAGGGAAGUAACUUAUGUCUGCCCUUACAGUGGUCCCGCCCGAGGUGUUCUGUCAGUAACCAAUUACAAGUUACAUUUUCGGAGUUUGGACAGGGAUACACCCUAUGUCAUCGAAGUACCUCUUGGCGUGGUGAACCGGGUAGAGAAAGUUGGAGGACAGCUUAGUCGAGGAGAGAAUUCGUACGGAAUCGAAAUAUUUUGCAAAGACAUGCGGAAUCUCAAAUUUGGUCAUAAACAGGAAAAUCAUUCCAGACGAAAUGUAUUUGAGAAACUGCAGCAGUAUGCCUUUCCUCUUUCUCAUAAACUGCCUUUAUUUGCAUUUGAGUACACUGAAAGGUUUCCGGAAAAUGGAUGGAAUGUUUAUGAACCUAUAGCUGAACUGAAAAGAAUGGGAGUUCCUAAUGACAUGUGGAAGAUCACAAAAAUCAAUGAAAACUACACAAUUUGUGAUAGCUACCCACCAAUAUGGGCUGUUCCUUCCCAAGUCACAGAGGAAGACUUGCGUCAAGUCGUACAGUUUCGAAGUCGAGGUCGAGCACCUGUACUGUCGUGGAUACAUCCAGAAUCGCAAGCGACCAUCACACGAGCAUCUCAACCUUUAGUCGGACUUGGUGCAAAACGGAGCUGUGAAGAUGAGGGUUACAUUCAGUUGAUAAUCGAAGCCAAUGCGCAGUCUCACAAGUUAUUCAUCAUGGAUGCAAGGCCUAGUGCAAAUGCUAUCGCAAACAAAGCAAAAGGUGGUGGUUAUGAGCCUGAGGAUACAUAUCAGAAUGCAGAGCUCAUUUUCCUGGACAUUCACAACAUCCAUGCCAUGAGGGAGUCAUUGAGGAAACUUAAAGAAUUAUGUUUCCCUAACAUCGAUGAAUCCAAAUGGUUAUCAGGAAUUGAGUCGACAUAUUGGCUGAAAUAUAUUAAAUGCAUCUUGGCUGGAGCUUGUCGAAUUGUAGAUAAGGUGGAGAAUCAUAAGACUUCAGUUUUAGUUCACUGCUCGGAUGGUUGGGAUAGAACUUCACAGCUCACAGCUUUAGCCAUGCUGAUGUUGGACCCUUAUUAUAGAACUCUCAAAGGAUUUGAAGUUCUAAUCGAGAAAGAAUGGCUCAGUUUUGGUCACAAAUUUCACCUGCGAAUCGGACAUGGCUCAGACAAUCAUUCAGAUGCAGAUCGUUCACCGAUCUUCCUUCAAUUCAUCGACUGUGUUUGGCAAGUGACGCAGAUGUUUCCAAAUGCCUUCGAGUUCAACGAGUUUUUCCUCAUCAAUAUCAUUGAUCACAUGUACUCCUGCCGAUUCGGAACAUUUUUGUUCAAUAGCGACAGGGAAAGAACCAAUGAAGGCGUCAAACAGAAAACGGUAUCAUUAUGGUCUUAUUUAAAUUCAUCAAUUGAUCUCUACAGAAACCCUCUCUAUCAUCCUCAGCCACAUGUUCUAGAGCCAAUAGCAUCCAUGAGAUAUAUUCAGUUAUGGAAAGGCUACUAUUGUCGAUGGAAUCCUAGCAUGAGGCCCCAGGAUCCUAUUUACCAAAGAACACGGGAGCUUCUCGUGCUGAAAGAGCAGCUAGAAAAGAACCAAGAGGACUGUCGGAAAGAGCUGAGGUCUCGCAUUUCACGCUCAAUUGGCUCACCAUCACGAUUGGUUGCAUCACCAAAGCACUAGUAGCUCAAAGGUAAUCAAUUGAUUGAUUUUUCCUUUCCUGCAACUUCAAGGGGGCCUGGCUAAAUACAUGUAGGGCUGUAGCUUUGCUGCGAACUGUGCCUCAGUUCAUUGAUCUUAAACUGUAGAGGCAAAAAAGUCUUGCAAAAAGAAUGUAUGAAAGUAAGAGAAAAUGUAUGUCUGGAAAAGUGAGCAAAUUGGACAGAAAAAAUGCAUAAAUCUGGAUACAUUCAGAAUGGUUGGUUUUGAAGUACCUCAUUAAAGUCAGUAAACAAAUAUUUUUGUGCACAGCAGUGAAAGUAUGAGGAUUUUCUAAAUAAAUAUACCUAUCAGAAAAUUUCAGUGAACUAUCAAGAGAAAUUAGGGAUUUUGGAAGUGAAAAAAAAUAUAGAUAUUUAUUUCUUCCUGUUGAAGAGGAACCAUUUGCUGGGUUGAUUACUUACGUGUGAUUUACUUUAGCUGUUUAUAACACUAAGCAUUAAGGAACAAUAAACCAGCAAGAAUCGCAGGGAUAUUUUGCCUACCUUUCUCAUUGAAUACACCCUUUGAAAGUGGAGCAAUUAGAUGCAGUCAAUAUUUCAUUGAAAUAGGUCAAAUAAUUAUCAGGCAAAAAUGACACAAAUUUUUGCUUCUUAAAUCUCGGAAUAUCUUGUAAGGCUUUCUUUCUUGACCUGAAAAAGAAACACAUUAAUUUUUUCAUGAAAUUAAACUUGAAUGCAUUCCAAUUCUCCCAUAAGUAAACUGGACCAAAAAAAAAUGUAGGCUCUUCGUUUUAUACAAUUGACCAAACUUGAAACUGAAUACUUUUGUUUAUGUGAAAUUUGAAGAUGUCCGAUAACUGCAUCAAAGGCAUUUUCAGAACCACUAAGAACAAACUGUUGCUCCUAUUUUUUAUGUAACAUCUUCCGUGAUGCACUGACAUUUUCUUGAGAUGAUGUCAGUCGCUACUGCUUCUCAUUUAUAGCCCUUUUAGAGACUCUUUCAGUUUCUUACUUCCCGAUUAUUACUGCUUAAUUUUAAAAUUGCAAAGCUUAUAUAUAUGGCAUAAGUAUUUUCACGAAUUCACUGGGCCUGUAUGUCACCUUGGCUCCAUCAAGCAAAUAAGAAUUUGACAGGCCAUCAUUAAUUUUUUCUUUGAAAAAUUUUUGAGACUGCGGUUAGUUGGGGAUCGCUUGUAUCAUUUAGUGAGCCAAUCACCACAAGGUUGAAUUCAAUUCUCUAUGCUUAAGUGCUGAUUCCACAGCUCGUGGUCAAUAAAAAGUAAAAUGAUAAAAUAAUAUGUCAUACUCUAUAGGAAUGCUCCUUAACUAUCGAAAAUUCCGAGUUAAAU